AUGAGCAAGCCAGGGGACUACGCAGCAGUCCGUAAGGACAUUAUAAAGCUCCUUCAUCAGCCUGAAUACGACGACGGCAGCGCCGGUCCUGUCCUCGUGCGUCUGGCAUGGCACUCCGCCGGUACAUACGAUGCCGAGACCGACAAUGGCGGAUCCAAUGGUGCGGGGAUGCGCUACGAGCGCGAGGGCGGCGACCCCGCAAACGCCGGCCUCCAACACGCGCGCGUCUUCCUUGAGCCCGUCAAAGCCGCACACCCCUGGAUAACCUACGCCGACCUCUGGACGCUCGCGGGUUGCGUCGCCGUGCGCGAGAUGGGCGGCCCCGAGAUCCGGUGGUUACCCGGCCGGACAGACUAUGUGGAUGACAGCAAGCUCCCGCCGCGCGGAAGACUGCCUGAUGGCUCGAAGGCCGCAGACCACGUGCGGGCGGUGUUCUACCGCAUGGGCUUCAACGACCAAGAGAUCGUGGCGCUGUGCGGGGCGCACAACCUCGGACGGUGCCACUCCGACCGUUCCGGCUUCGACGGCCCCUGGGUCAACAACCCGACGCGCUUCUCGAAUCAGUAUUUCCGGCUGCUGGCGGGGCUGGAAUGGAAGCUUGUCACGCUGCCGAACGGCGUGAAGCAGUGGGUGUAUGAGGACGAGGACGGGAUCAGCGAGAGACUGAUGAUGCUGCCAACGGAUAUGGCGUUGAGGGAUGAUCCCGUGUUUUGUGAGUGGGUGGAGAGCUAUGCGGAGGAUAAGGAGCUGUUCUUUGAGGACUUUGCGAAGGCGUUUGCGAAGUUGAUGGAGUUGGGGAUCAUGAGGGAUGCGCGGGGGAGGGUAAUCAAUGGGGACAAUCUCAAGGGCGGCUACCACUCCGCGCCCAAGAAGAGUGGUGCGCCUGGUGCGCCGCGCAAGAGCAAUGAGGAAGCGGAACCGCUGCGGAGAGGAAACGAGAUGUUCAGGGCAAGGCUGUAG